AUGCGGCAACCUCACCUUGCUGCUUGUGGGGUUGAUGAACUGGCUCUUGAGCUUAAUUUGUUGAAGCUUCAGAAGCCUACAAGUGCGGUUUUUAACGACUGGUGUAAUAAUAAACUCAACAAAAAACAGGUUAAGCUGGCUACAUUAAAUGUUUACGCUUAUUUUGAAACUGGGAACAAGUUGUUGGGGGCUGGUGAUUCUAGCAGCUAG